UCUUUUCCCUUCUCUUCGACGCCUCCUCCCGAGUCCCGACUGAAACUGCCUUUCUCAACCCCUUCCAACCGAUUUGAUUCCCAUUUCCUGGUCACAUCAAUGGCGGACGACUCUCUUGCGAUCGAGAGGAAAGACGAGGACUUCGGCAAGUGCAAAUAUGGUUGCGAGCACUACCGGAGACGCUGCAGGAUUCGAGCCCCCUGCUGCAAUCAAGUGUUCACUUGCCGCCACUGCCACAACGAGGCGACGAGCUCGUUGAGCAACCCCAAAGAUCAUCAUGAGCUCGUCAGGCAUGAAGUUAAACAAGUCAUAUGUGCUGUCUGUGAUACUGAGCAGGAGGUUGCUCGGGUUUGCUCCAACUGUGGUGUCAACAUGGGAGAAUAUUUCUGCAGCAUUUGCAAAUUCUAUGAUGACGAGACAGCGAAACAGCAGUUUCAUUGUGACGAAUGUGGAAUUUGUAGAGUUGGUGGUCGCGAGAAUUUCUUCCACUGCCCAACAUGUGGAUCUUGCUAUACAAUAUCAUUGCGCGAUAAUCACCUAUGUGUAGAAAAUUCUAUGAAGGGCCACUGCCCAGUAUGCUAUGAGUAUCUAUUUGACUCAGUUAAGGGGACAUCUAUCUUGAAGUGCGGACACACAAUACACAUGGAUUGCCUUCGUGAAAUGGCAAUGCAGAAUCAGUAUCGCUGUCCGCUUUGCUCCAAGGCAGCUGUAAACAUGUCCGACAACUGGAGAAUGUUAGAUGAUGAGAUUGCAGCUACACCAAUGCCUGAGGAAUACCGAUUUGAGGUCUCUAUUCUUUGCAAUGAGUGCAAUACAACCGGCAAGGCUCCAUUUCACAUCUUUGGUCUCAAGUGCAGCCACUGCAGGUCUUACAACACCCGCAGGAUUUCAGCUGUAGAACAGCCUGAUGUUGCGACUGUUCCAUCUGAAGAGGAACAUGAAGACUGAGAUAGGUUGCCUGAUGAAAAGAAUUGGCCAACUCGUGCUACACAUUUUAUUCACCCACAGAUUUUUCCUCUAGGUAACUUUGUUCCUUUGAAUAGUAGUGACCCUGUUUGUAUUACAUUGAAUUUGCUUAAACGCUCUGGUGGAGGAACUUUUAAAUCCUUCCGAACCGGUAGAUUUAAUGAUCUGGACCUGAACAGGGGCAUCUGCAGGUUACUGAGAAGCAGGUCUAUUCCUUUUGCUUAUUAAUAGUUCAUGACGUUCGAACGUCAAAAGGUCGUUUGAGAAUCC